CAGUAAAGCCUUUCGGCACGCACUGCGCGCGUUCUAUUUGGAAACUUUCAGAAAGGAUUCGUCAUAAAUUCAUCACCUUCAUGUCGGCACUGCUGAAUAUUUACUCACCGAUGCUAUGGUUACCUUUAUUACGAUCUUACAGGUGAAUCUAGUGAUGUCCAUCCUGCUGUACGUGAUGUUCCUCGCGUACCUCUAUGGUAUCUCGGCCUCCACGAUGGACAAGCAGCGGCCCACGCAGGAUCCCAUCAACACGUUGAUUAUAAAGCUACUGCAGGCCGACAUCAGCCGCAGCCGACAAAAGCAGGACGAGGGAGCCCCGGAUUCACAUCCACCCACCACCUCCAGCACAGACUUGGAGGAGAAAUUCAGCUCAGCCAUAUACCAACCUGUGACGGACAUCACUAUAGAACUGCUACGUCAGCACAAGCGAUACAACUCUCCGCGCGUGCUGCUGAGCGACCGACCACCUCUCCAGCCCCCGCCGCUCUACCUCACGGAUGACUUCGUCAGCAACCAGGACACCAGCGGCACCAAUAAGACGCGCCAAAAGCGUUACAUCCAGCACAAGAGCUACAGAGGGGAGUAUUCGGUUUGUGACAGCCAGAGCCAAUGGGUGACAGAUCGGACCACAGCCAUGGACAUUCACGGAAAUCCGCUCACCCUUACGAGUACCAUCAAUCAAGGAGGGACACCUGUCAAGCAGUACUUUUUCGAAACAACCUGCCGGAGCACCAAGCCCUACAAGGGCGGCUGCCGGGGCAUCGACGACAAGCACUGGAACUCUGAGUGCAAAACGACGCAGAGUUACGUGCGCGCCCUCACUCAGUCCAAAAGUGGGAUGGGCUGGCGCUGGAUACGUAUAGACACUUCGUGCGUCUGCGCGCUCUCGCGCAAACAUCGCAGGACGUAAAAAACCCCUGCAGUAUAUUGCGCAACCUCUCCGCUUUAUAUUUUUCCCUGGGGGCUGUAAAUAUAUAAAUUAUUUAAGUUAUAUGGAAUGCAUAUAGUUUAUACAUGACUGUGUAUAAUGUAUAAAUAUACUUAUUUAUUUAUAAGUCAUCUGCAGAGGAAAAUCUUUAAAAAAAGACACAGAAAGACUUUUAAUAACAUGCAAUGCCAUUGAGGAGUGCUGCGUGGUGAAUAUGUGCCUUGUUCAAGUAUCAGAGGACACUAGACCUGGAUCUUGGGAACAGUUGCAAUGGAAAACAAAUCAAACACAAAUCGCUCAAUAUCAACUUCAGUAUUGUUCAUCAAAACCAGUUUUUCUACUGAGACGUGCUGCCAGUUCUCAUUCAUGUCUGGGGAAACAAUUGACAGUCUAGAUGUUGCCGUAUUUGUAUGCAAACAUACAGUAAAUAUGUAUCAAAACUGCAUGAAAUACCUAAGAAAUAUAUAUAUUUUUCUAUCACUUUGAAAACAUGAUGUUAGUGACUCAUGAGCAGACAAAAAUUAAAUGUACCUCACAAACCGCUUGGCAUCACUGAAAGAUUAGUCACGAAAUAUAUGGACCAAGAAGUAAUAUAAAGUAUGGUUUAGGCCCGGUUUCACAGACACGGCUUAGCUUAAGCCAGGACUAUGCUUUAGUUGAAUUAAGAUAUUUAUGUCGCCUUUAUAAAAAUGCCUUAGAAGAACACAUUACUGGUGUGCAUCUUGAGACAAAACAAUGGCACUAACAUAUUUUAAGAUAUUUCUGGGCAAGUUAUAUUGAGUUAAGACAGGUCACACAUUCAUUUUAGUCUGGUAAUAGCCUUAAGCCUUGUCUGUGAAACCGGGCCUUAGUGUUUCACAAUAUAAGAUCUUGUGGGGCUGGGCAGUGUUUUAUUUUCAAUGGUAUCCCUUACAAAAAGAAGUUGCUAUUAUAGUAUACCUAUCGCUAGUAUACCUUCAGUCUACUUUUAUGUACUUACACUUACAGGUAUACUAGUACUAGUAUUUACAUAAACUACACUCACAUUAAGUUAAGUUCAUUAAGUAUACUAAACUUUAUUAGGUAGACUUAAGCAUACUAAGGGAUACACACAUAGUAUACUCAUGGCUUUUGGAGCGUUUUAAGGACGCAAGUGAAAUGUUGGCUUUCUGGUUCACAAAACACCAAUCAUAGGUGUAUAUAAACAGGCCACAGCAUGCUGUCACCUUUACCGUGUCGGACACAUGCUAACAUAGCAGCAAUGAUUUGAUUUAGUGGUAUUACGGCCUAGAAAUGCAAGUGGACGAAGCCAAACAUGAAUACAUAAGAGUUUAACGAUCCCAUCGCCCACAUGGUCUCUCGUUACCGUUGUGCUGCUUAUUAGCCUUAAAAAACGAACUUAAAAAAGAAAUAAACAGACUCCACCCACUUGUCACACCCCACCAGAGACCAAACUGACCACCCACCAGCUAUAAGCUUUCUGCACAUUCCGGUCGGACCAGCCUCUUUUCAAUACUAUAACUUUACAACAAAAAAUAAAAGUGAAACCAUCAAACAAGAGCAUCACGUAAACAAUGGGACUACAAAACGGGCCACUGCUAAUGACACCGUAGUCUUUCACAGAGGGAAAGCUGUUUAAAUCCAUGUACAUACGUGCAGAGCUGGGAUUUCUACAUGUAAUCUCCUCCUUAAGAGGGUUUCCCUCGUGUCAGACUCAUUUUAGGAGAUUUUGCCUGUGGACUGCAGGUAUGAGAACACUUGCCAUCAUUUCUCACUGUUCACCGGCAAGACCAUGCGUCAAUGUCUUAAAAAAUAAAUAUGCAUAUAGAGCACAUACCUGUAAUGGUUAACAUAGCUAACCAAAUAGAAUUGGAAAACCUUUAUUGUUUUGAAUCACUAUACAAUAAACAUUACAUACCCAAGACAACACGUUUGUGAACAAAAAUGUGAGAGGUGUUAGGAAAGACAAAGCGUGGAUAAUACAAAUGAAACACGGGUUACACCGGGUAGAUUUACGUUCUUUAUUUCACUUUUAGGAAUCAUCGGCAUUGGCACAACAGCCACCUAACUCAACCCAAACUCGACUCCCUCUCGCUCUUCUUUUUCCCAAGAGCCCUCGCUGCCUUAAAGGGGCAGAUGCACAAAAUAGCUUUUUAGCUGAACAUUAAACUAGAGUUCAACAUACAUUUCUCUUUUAACAUAAAAUAGAAAAAAAAUAAAAAUAAAAAAAAAUAAUGAAUUGACACAAUUAAGGUUACAUUAGCAGUAAUAUGAAGAACUGAAUUUCAAAAGCCAUUUGGCUUGGCUUUUGUCAAGACUCACCUCUGUGAUGUUUAAUCCCAGGUCAUCUCUGAAGUGUCCCCAAAAAGCAUCAAAUGCAACCCAAAGAAAACUUCAAGGAUGCAGAAUUGGUCAUGUACAGAUCAGAAUAUACGACUAGAGGAAUAUUGUUCAAACCCAUUACAGCAUUGAAUGAAGUGCCAAGCCAGAAUGUCGUCUAGACGGCCAGACAGAACAUAAAGCUUUAAUAACUCCCAAUCACAAACCGUAAUGUUGCUAUUAUAAAACAAAAUGUUUUAUUGUGCUUUAAUGCUUGCCGACAGACAGACCGUUGCAUUUUAAAGGAAAAGGGUUAUCGACUAACAGAAAAGCACAAAUGAAAGUUUUGUGAUCUGAGGAUGCAACAAACCUAUUCUAUAUCCGACAUUUCAGUUGGCUUGUUCUUGCUUUUUUAUUUUUAUCCUUCCUUGGAGAAACAAGAGAAAAGCUCAACACAAAGUCAAUGCAUUCCCCAUUACCAAGUAUAUGACUCAGAAUGGCACCAAAAGCAUUGCCUUUCUGUUCAACACUUCAACUGUACACUGGAUUCUGUUCACUUUGUUCACUAAAACAUUCCCAUGUCUUUGUGGUGUGCCCUGCAUACUUGCUGCUGAAAACCACUGGAACCCGUCUUAGAAUGGACCACCGGCCAUUGCUUAAUGGAUGCUGUCUCUAUACUGAGAAGGAAACUGUGCCAAAAACACACCAAACUUUAUUUUAAGGACUUCUUAACAUUCAGACAUGAGAAUUCUUCUCUGGUAAACCCCCGAGUUUCGUAAAGGAGCAAAGAGCCGUUCAUUCGGUUGUCAUUGUUUAGUGAAGUAGUUUAUUUUGGCUGUACCCAUAUCUCAUUGUUUGUACUUUUUGUUGAGAGAAUAAUUUAUCUGAUAAUGGUCUCUGGAAAUGUCUAUUUUUCUCGUGCUGAUACUUGAAGAAGCACUGUUUAUCUGACCUGCAUCUUUAAUGCAAAGGCCUGUGUGAGAAUUGUCUGAAUAAAGUUGUUUUUGUAAUGUU